CGGUGCUCAGUUGGUGGUAGCUCGGGACGAACGGGCGCGUCCACAAAGUGUGGGGUAAGGAUGGAGGCUGCGUUAAUUGCAACGACCGAGUGAUACGCACCGUGUGUAUACACGGGGAUCGUGUCCUGGAUUCGUAGCCCGCAUAUCCCAUCGCGCGUGCCUCCCACCUUCUCCCCCCUGUGUCUGUGCCCGUACUUUUGUGUGCGUGCGUGUCCCUCUAAUAGAGUGGUCAAUUAGUAUCUUGUAUAAGGGAUAAAACGAGAAAAAAAAAUUAGUGAACAAAAAAUUAAUAGAACAAAAAAAAGCACAACGAACGAGAAUAUGUCAUCCACAUAGUCGAGGCAAACGAAGAGAGGAGCAAGUCAAAUACGGUGCAGUGGUUACCCUGAAUCGUUGGUACGCGCAGCCUUUUGGUGUUGCUGGCUGACUUCAUGCUUUGCUAUUGCUGUUGCUGCCGCCGCCGUCGAAUCGUCACCGACGUUGCUGCAGCAGUUGCUAGCGAUGCGAAAUGAACGAGAAUUUUAAGAAAGAGAAAGAUAAUGUGUUUUUGAGAGGGAGAGAGAGAGAGGGAGAGAAAGAAACAAAUGUAGCCUUUAUUGUUCCAUCGUCGUCGUCGUCGUUUUCAUCGUCGUCAUUUUAUUGUACAAACCGUUCUUUGUUAAUACGCGUUUUCCUAUCGUGAAUUUUCUAAAAAAUGAAAGAAAAAAAGAAAAAUAAUAAAUGUGAUGUGCCCGUCGGCCACCAGCCAGCCUUUUAUUUUUUUACGCGCUUCAUGUGUUCUUUCUUUUUAGGAAGUACUCAAGUAGGACGAUUUAUCGUCAAGUUCGUGGUCAUCUUGGGUGCUCUCAAUCGUUCAACAUUUUUUCUGGAACUUCAUAUUGGCUUUAUGUACCCUUUUUCACUUGCUUCGUGCACGCACAUAUUAUUGCAUGCACUUAUAUACAUUCGUUUCUUACUACCGAUAUAUCUACAUGAUUAUAGCGUUAAUAUUGUUUUAUUGAAUAUCGCAAUGUGGCGUAUAUCCGAUUUGUUUAUGUUUUCCAUAUAUGCAUUUAUAUAAGCAUUACGUAUUUAUAAUAAAAAUGGUUAACAAGGAGAAUAAUUAAAAAGGAAGAUAAAAAAUCGAAUAAGAUGAAAAAGGAAAGAGGUUUAAAAAAAGACAAAAAAAAGGGAAAUAUCUGAGUAGGAUAAAAGAAGGGAUAACUAGAACGUGUCACGAUAAGAAACAAUGAGAAAGAAGAGGGUUUUUCGAUUUGUUACAUUUGUGUCGGAACUACUUGACCCAUUGACAGGUCAAAACGGAAAGGUUCAAUGCAGAAGUCUACUCGUUCACUUUAAAAAUUUUGACAAUUGAAAGACAAAAAAAACAGGAAGACGAUGCAAAGGAAUCUAAGCUCGUAACAGAAAGAACGCCUGGCCCGAAGGCGUUAAACCGGGAAGAGUAUAAUCAGGGCGCGAAGCGAUGUACGCAGCUGCGGGUGGCGCCAGUAUAGCGAAUAGGAGGAAGCAGAAACGAUUGCAGUUAAACAGACGCGUCGCUGAGAGUACAAUUCCAUCACGGUUGAAGACAAUUCCAGCUUCUCAGCACCACUACCACCACCAACACCAUCACCCCAGCAAGUUUGCUCGUCCGCACGUUGUUCCACCAUCUUCCACACCACAGCCACAACCACCGUCAUCUACAUUUCAUCCGAGCAUCGAUCGACGGCGUCAUGUCGAGAAGUGUCAGCAAGUUGCACCUGUUUCUCCAAUCCAGUUUCCAAUAUCGCCACCACCACUAUCCCUUGAGUCACCUAGUUCAGUUACUUGUGCCACUAAAUCUAAUUUUCCUUUUCCACCAACAUCGAUCCUCGAUCUCCGAGUUUCACCAUCUUCUUCAGAGCUACAGUGUGGUGGAGGACCUGGCAAAGCAGCAUGGCAAGGUUGCAGCAGACCUUCUCCCCUUCCUUUAUCUCCUAUGUCGCCUCACGCAUGUCGUGGGGAUGGCUACAAGACAAAGCAAUGCGAGGCUCAUCGACGAUGGAUGAAGAGAAACAGAAUAAGAGAUGCAAGCUAUUGCUAUGGAAGCAGUGGAGAAGAUGACGAAGAAGAUGGAAGCAGUAAUGCAAACCGUCGUAGAGGUGAAGUUAGCGCGGCAGUGAAUACUGUACUUUAUGCGGGGCUAGGAACUACAGCGCUCGGAUUAGUUAUAUCGUUUGUCGGCACUGGAGAGAAAGGAUUCCUCAGUCCAGAAUUGAGGCUGGUGGGUCCUUCACUACUGUGCGCCGGUUUACUGUGUUGUCUAUUUCGGGUGCUGCUCUGCCUCUGUUUAUGUCGUUGCGGUCAAUGCCGCUGGCGAUUUUGUCAUGUUGCUUCUGAUAAAAAAGAAAAAGUGAGGAAAACAGAAGCUCGACCUGCUGGAACAUUACCUACCGCUUCACUUUUAUCACCAACUCGUCAACGACAGCAACAACAACAAUCGGCCAUGUCUUCAAGUGGCGCUGCAUCAUCAUCAACAAAAGCACAUGAGCUCUUGCUCUCUCCUGCCCAAUUACCAGAGUGAAAACGUGUUUCGAACAUUUUCUACGAGAAUCUAUACGCCGAUUAACUGCCGGUUCUUGUCCAAUAUAGAAUAUUUUAUUUCCAUUUGACCUGAACCGUUUUCGCAAACAAAAAGAAGAAAACCAUCACAGCCUAAUUCUAGUUUAAAUGCGAAUUCUAGCGCUUAAAAGUAAUAGUUAAAGAAAUAAUCGGCUAUGUUUUUCUACCCCUACUGUGUUUGAAAAAGUAUAAAAAAAAAAAAUAA